UCUAUUGGGAGAAGGUCAAAUGACUCUGCAUGUCGGCCACUGUGUACACUUCUGCUACGGUGCACGCCUGGUGAAGAAAGAAUAAUAACGCCAAUCUUGUGUCCGAAUAUGCCUGCAAGCCUGUGAGGUCGCUGCUCUCAUUAUGCCCCUGCGCUCCGGUCUCAAAGUUUGAAAGCUCGACCUCAGACCGCCACCACCCAAAGCCUCUGAGCAGGAAAAAAACGAAGACGCUGCCAAGAUGUUCAGCACCAAAAGACUGAAGAAGAAGUCUCAGUCGGUGGAUAUUGCCAAUCAAGGUUUCUCCCCGACUCUGGUGCCCGCCUCGCCCCUCAACAGGGCUGCACCACCUGUUGCCAAGACAACUGCGGUCUUCGCGGUGCAGGAAAACAACACUACCAACGCGCAGCGCCGCAGCCCCCGGUGCAGCGAGCUGAAGAGAGGAUACACCAUAGGACUCCCUACCCUAGGCUUUCGUGGAGCCACAGAUACCGGCCAGAAGAAGACCCCAGAGAAGAAGGAUGGGAGGCGCAUGUCGUUCCAGAGACCCAAAGGGACCAUCGAAUAUUCUGUGGAAUCGCGGGACACGUUGAACAGCAUUGCGCUCAAGUUUGACACCACACCCAACGAGCUGGUUCAGCUGAACAAGCUGUUCUCCAGAGCAGUGGUGCCUGGCCAGGUUCUGUACGUUCCUGAUCCCGAGUACGUGUCCAGUGUUGGGAGCUCACCCUCCCUCAGUCCCAUCAGCCCCCUGUCUCCCACCUCCUCAGAAGCUGACUUAGAGAAGGUGACGGACUCCGAUGGCCCACCCAGACCAGAGGGCGUUCACCCCCCAGUCUUCUCGGCCUUGCGCCAGGCCAGAGUGGUGUCAUCCACCUCCGAGGAGGAAGAGGCUCUUACGGAGAAGUUCCUCAAGAUCAACUGCAAAUACAUCACCGACGGCAAGGGUGCGGUGAGUGGUGUGUUACUGGUGACACCCAACAACAUCAUGUUCGACCCACACCGGAUGGACCCCCUGGUUCUAGCCCAUGGCUGUGAGGAGUAUGGCAUCAUGUGCCCUCUGGAGGAGGUGCAGUCUGCCGCCAUCUACAAGGAGAUUACCGACCCCAAGAUCAGAGAGGCCGUGCCCGAUGACCUGGAGCCUAUGCCGGCAGAGAGACAUCCCUCCCAACAGAAGGACGCAGAGCAGCGCCUCAGGGACCCAGGGGCCAAUGACAGCGGCAGCACGGCCCCACGCAGUACUGAGGGCUCAGUCUCCGAGGAUGUCUUCACUGAGUCUGAGCUGUCCCCAAUUCGGGAGGAGGAGCAGGCAUCUAAUGAGGAUCUCCGCCUGGACAAGUCCUCCGGCGCUUCGACAGAGUCCGUGCAAACUAUCACCCAGGUGGAGGCCGCUGGCACCAAGGCGCAAGGCAGUGCCAGCGGGGCGGUCAGCCAGCCAGAGGAGCCCACCACGUCUAAGACCACAGCUGCAGCGGAGGACAAUCCCCCAAACACUGCCACAGAAAAAGAGAGCCGCUCCCCCUUGGGAUCCAAGCAGCACAGUGUAGAAAAACCACCAAGCACAGCGCCGACCACCACCAGCAGCACCACUAGCCAGGCCCAGGGCCCCAGCAGCAGCACUUCUCGCCCGGGGUCCCAAAGCUCAGCCACCCCUGGUGCCACAGACCCCAGCUCUGUCUCAGCCGGCCCACAGGGGGACGCCAACGAGAGGACCGAGGACUCCAAAAUGGACACUAUGCAACAAGCCAAGGAAGAAAAGAAGAUGGUAGAGCAGACGGAACAGGAUGGUGCACAGAACUCUGCAGAGGGUACAGGGUCUGGGGAGAGGCGGAAGCACCGGUCUCACAAGUUCCUUUGUCUGCGGGUGGGGAAGCCCAUGAAGAAGACAUUUGUUUCCAACGCCAGCGCCUCCAUGCAGCAGUAUGCUCAGCAGGGCAAGAAGCACGAGUACUGGUUUGCUGUCCCACAGGAGAGGUCAGACCACCUGUAUGUUUUCUUCAUCCAGUGGAGCCCUGACAUGUACGGUGAGGGGGUGAGGGGGGUGGACCGAGAGCCGGGGUUCAUGGUUGUUAAGAAGAAUGAGGAGUCAGAAACAGCGGAGGAUGUGCCCAUCACUGACAUAAAUGUGAAGGAAUGGGAGGUAGUGUCUCUGACUGAGUACCAUCGUCGGAUCGAUGCACUAAACAGUGAAGAUCUACGCUCGCUCUGCAAACGACUCCAGAUCACCACCAAGGAGGAGGUGAACUCCAAACAUGGCACAUCCAUCAAGACAGAACUGGAAGCGGAGACAUUCAAACCGAACCUCAGCGAACCCAGUGACCUUCUGCAGGCAGACCAGAUAGAAAAGCUUGCUAAGAAUCUCCCACCACGGACCAUUGGGUACCCAUGGACAUUGGCCUUUGGCACGUCAAAGCACGGCAUGAGCAUUAAGACACUCUACAGAGCCAUGCAAGGCCAGGACACCCCAGUGCUCAUGGUUAUCAAGGACAGUGAUGGCCAGGUGUUCGGUGCGCUGGCAUCUGAGCCCUUUAAAGUCAGCGAUGGCUUUUAUGGCACAGGAGAGACCUUCCUCUUCACCUUCAAUCCAGAGUUUGAGGUGUACAAAUGGACAGGUGACAACAUGUUCUUCAUCAAAGGAGAUAUGGACUCCUUAGCUUUUGGUGGAGGAAGCGGCGAGUUUGGCCUGUGGCUGGAUGGAGACCUUUACCAUGGCAGGAGUCACUCCUGUAAAACAUUUGGGAACCCCAUGCUCUCCAAAAAGGAGGAUUUCUAUGUGCAGGACAUAGAGAUCUGGUCUUUUGAAUAACAAAACACCACACCACAGGGGAAACACGAAUCCUGAAAAGACAGAGGAGUUAUCCUCCUUAGAACAAUGGCAACGUCCCAAACCUAACUGCACAUCACCAGGGCUCCCCAGGCCGGAGGCCAGCUAUCGGAUGCUUGUUGUGCAUUACUACUGCAGUUGUUACGGAGCUUUUUUUUUUUUUUCUUAUUUUCUUUUUCUUUGUGAAAAAUUACCCUUGUGUGUAUCUUGUUACAGCCUUGUGCAGCGUCUUUGCAGAGUAGGGGGAGUGUGUAAAGCAGUGAAAAUCAGGGUUAAAAGAUGAUGGUGUUAGAGGGAUGAUGAGAGGGAAGCACGUAUGGAGAGACGGUGAAGGGACCGCUACGCUUUGGAGAAGGAAGGACCAUCGGAGCUGCUCUCACCUGAGACGUGGUGAAGAUGAUGGCGGCUGAGGUUUGGGACUGCCGUGAGAAGAGCGCUGCCCUACUAGUCCAGAUUGUGUAUCUGAACUUUGCAGUAACUCAAGGAGUGCCCACAAACCCUCACUGACCCCCCCCCAAGACCUUUGUCCAGUCAGUCGGAUGUUACUCACUGCGUGUGCUGUCAGCCUUGAUGGAGAGAGACCCAGUGUGAGGAAACAAACAAACAAGCAACAAAAAAAAGAAAGAAAUCAAGCUAACGAAACAAAACCUAAACACAUUCCAUUACUCGUGGUGGUGGAGUGUCGAAACAAAAGCAUUGGUUCUGAUUUUUGGUAGAACACCUAAAUCCAAAGUGCAUCAGCAGCAGGAUAUGAUGACACUUAACUCGGAGCAGAUGGGUUAUUCGGGGGGUUGGGUUCUUUCUAACAGUACAUCUUGGGUUAUCUUCUGAGGCUAAACUAUAGAGUAUUGUGUAUUGUAGUCCUCCUGUUGUUCACUGUCAUAGCACACCAUCUCAAAGCACAUAGCUAUAAUCAGAUUACCCAUCGUCGUAAUGUUCUGUUCAGUGGGUGUACGUGUGAGUCCAGCUAACACCAGCUCCUCUGUCAGGUGGCUGGCUGUACUGUUCGUAGACAGUAACGUGUUGCAAUAGAUUUGUGGAAUAUGCAAAUUACUGUCCUGUGACCUCAGAUAACGAAGGUCGCGGCUCUUUUGCCGCUACCUGUUGCUCUUUCAAGAGAGAAACUUGUAAAGCUUUUACGUCUUGAUACACAAUUGCUUUUCUGGGUAUAAUUUGAAAAGCCUGAGACGUGGUUAACUGUUUUACAUGCAUAUAUGACAAUUAUAUAUUGGUAUAUAUGAUUAUAUAUGGAUUUAUAUAAUCAUAUAUAUAUUGCUGUUAAGUGUGACAGUGAUCUACUUGUGCUGAUAUUUCAGCUGUUACAAAUAUAUUGUAUAUUACCCUGUAAAUUAAUGUUAAAAUAGUAGAUUUGUUCCUAUAUAUAUAUAUAAAUACAUAUACUAUAUAAAUAUAUAUAAAUAUAUAUAUAUAAAGUGUGGAUUGGUGGGUUGCUUCUAGCACUUUAAUCUGGUGUAAAAGCGUCAAGGCCAGGUUCUUAGAUUUAUUAGCAGUAGCUGUACAGUACUUUUUUUGUUUAGAACAUAAAGAUGUUAACCGUUAGUAGAAAGCUUGCUGCUACCAAUAUCAAUAAGGGUUUACCCUAAUGCUCUGUGUGUCUGAAACGGAGGAUUACUUUAAGGGAAGGGAAGGGGUGCUGAAUGUGGAUACAUCUAACGCAGGGUGUGGUGUCUCUCCUCAUGUGGCUGUCUGGUGAGUCUCGGCCAGGUAGGUAUGGAAGCAGACUAACUUCUGACAGGCAGAUGGAGAGUGAAGGAAGGUGUGUACAGUACAUAGCCCUCCCCAAGCAGCUUUCUCCCCCCCUUUCUGGUCUUCCACACCAGUAUUUGUGUCCUUGUGGAGAGUCACAAAGAAUAAUAUGGAUAAUUCUUCCAAUUAUUUCAACAGAAUACCAUGUAUCAGUGAUGUAUAAAUAACAAUAAAGCUGAAUAAAUUGUUGUAACCUGGGAUAUGA